AUGCGGCCAACCAACGUCCUCGCUCGCGCGGCCGUCGACGUCUGGAAGGCGACGCUAUCGCCCCAGCGUGUCGCUGCGUGGCAGGCGCAAGACGCAUCGCUCCACCGCUUCCUCCGCGCUGCCAUUCCCGAGGCCCUCGAGCACACGGGCGAGGCCGCGUUUGACGAGCACCUCGUGGGCGUGCAAUCCGUGCUGCGCGUUUUUUGGAGCGGACGACGAUGUAUGCAAAGCCGGUCUCUUCCACUCGAUCUACGGCACCGAGGGCUUCCAGGGCUACAAGCUCCCGAUGGCCAAGCGGCCAGAGAUCCGCCAGCUCAUCGGUCGUCGCGCUGA